AUGUUGUUACGACUGUUACCGUUAUACGCAGCGUUGUUGCUUGGUUGCCGCAAUUGCUUCGCUGCAAGCGUCGUUGAUUGGUGGGAAUCGGCCACGCUCUAUCAAAUCUACCCGCGCUCCUUCAUGGACAGCGAUGGCGAUGGUGUGGGCGACUUGAACGGCAUCACAACGCGACUGGCGUAUCUCAAAGAAAUUGGCGUGACAGCCACUUGGCUAUCGCCGAUAUUCGAGUCACCAAUGGCCGACUUCGGUUAUGACAUUUCGAACUUUACAAAGAUUGACCCGCUUUUCGGCACUUUGGCCGACUUUGAUGCUUUGAUAGCUAAGGCGCAUGCAUUGGGUAUUAAAAUUAUUUUGGAUUUUGUGCCCAACCAUUCAAGUGAUGAAUGCGAAUGGUUUCAGAAGUCGAUACGUAGAGAAAACGGCUAUGAUGACUUUUAUAUUUGGGAGGAUGGCAAAAUUGACGCCGAGACUGGCGAGCGCGUACCACCCAGCAAUUGGGUAAGUGUAUUCAGCGGCCCGAUGUGGACUUGGAACGAGCAACGUCAGCAGUAUUAUCUGCAUCAGUUUUUACCGAAACAACCAGAUCUCAACUUUAGCAAUCCAAUGGUGCGUGAGCAUAUGCUGGAAGUGUUGAAAUUUUGGGUUGAUCGUGGUGCAGAUGGCUUUCGUAUAGAUGCGGUGCCUCAUAUUGGCGAAAAGCGUUUCGCGAAUGGCACAUAUCCCAAUGAACCGCUAAGCGGCUGGACUGAUGAUCCUAAUAGUUACAAUUACCAUGAGCACAUCUACACGAAGGAUCAGCCGCUAACGCUUGAGGUUGUGUACGAAUGGCGUGAUUUCUUGGAUGAAUAUAAGCGUCAACAUGAACGCGACACCAUCGUGCUCAUUGCUGAAGCCUACUCUUCCGUUGACGUCUUGAGUGAUUACAUCAAUAAUGGUACCCACUCGGGUACCCAAAUACCUAUGAAUUUUAAUAUGAUGUCACUCAACGGAUAUUCGACGGCGAAAAAUGUUGAAGACUCUGUAAAGAGUUGGAUGGAUAAUAUAUGGGAAAAGCAUCAGUCCGCUAAUUGGGUUGUGGGCAAUCAUGACAACGAUCGGCUGGCAACGCGCAUGGGUCAGCACAAAGUGGACCUAAUGACUAUGCUGGUGCACGCACUGCCCGGCACAUCGGUCACGUAUUAUGGUGAAGAAAUCGGCAUGUCYAAUGUGGCCACUGAAUGUACCGCCAUAUCUUGUGAUGACCGCGAUCCUGAGCGSACGCCAAUGCAAUGGGACACUACGGAUCAUGCUGGCUUUACCAAAGGUCCGACCAGCUGGCUGCCGAUCUCUCCCGACUACAAAGGUUUCAAUGUGGCGACCGAACGUGGCGUGGCACGAAGCACUCUGCAAAUAUUUAAAGGAAUGACGCAAUUGAAGCAAACGAACGCCUUUAAAGCUUUCAAAGAAGAGGGUGGAUUCGCCUUUGGCGCAGUUUCGGAUCAGGUCUUUCAAGUUGUGCGAACCGCUUUGGCGGACGAGGAAUAUCGCAUAGUCAUUAAUAUGGGCAACAAGGUAGAAUACGUGCACGACUUGGYGAAUAARACGAUGGAAUAUGUGCUGCUCAGCCGRCAUUCGCCACACAGUUUUGGCGAUAAGGUGGAUUUGAGUCAGCGUAUACACUUGAUGCCUUAUGAGGCGGUGGUGCUGCGUGGAUCCGCCGGCAGCGGUUAGUGUCUGUUACYUCWCACAWAACAUAGAUAUAAUUUUCUGGAUCUCGGUUGCCGCAAAGGCUGGGCAAUAUAUUUACGAARGGAUAAGCCAAAAGUCUUUCUGGAGCUGAAAUUAUAUUUCAUGAUGUUGAUUUAUUGUCUGGUAUUAGACRUUAAUAAAAACCGUAACUUAUUGUUCAACUUUUAUGGAGAUAAGUGGUAUAAAARCAAA